AAAGACGUUGAAACUCUGGCGCCGUGUGCGUUCCGCGUCUGGCGUCGUCCGCCGGCGGCCCUGGUCUGCCCGAGGCGCUCUGAGCUGCCAGGCCUCAGAGCCUCGGAGCCGGAGGUUCGGUCGGAGGCGGGCGGUCGACAAAUACCGUCGUCGUCGUCGUCGUCAUCCCGGGGGACCCGCUGGGAACACCACGUCGCGCUCGCCCCUCUUCUCGGGAAGAUCCAGUAAAAAGGGGAAAACCUCCAGAGCAAUUUCUGUUGAGUUCGGAAUGGGUUACUUGCCGCCGAAAAGAGUUUCGUCGUCGUGAUCGGAGCAAAUGGCUGCGCCAGGAUCAGGAAGAAAGACGAAGAAAACAGGGUUUGGCCCGUGAGGAACCCCGAGUGGAUGUGAGUCGGGCCCGCGUCCUGCCCGCCCCGGCCGGAGUAAAGCGGGACAGGAGAGGACGGCGGCUUCCGAAGGCCGCUCCGUGACCCCGGCGGCCCCCGCUCCGGCCCGCCCGACCCCACGAGGACCCCAUCGCCCUCGGCGACGCCGGACUCCGCGGACACCGCGCCUCCGGCGCCCCUCGACCGACCCCCGGGAGACCGGCGGGGCCGGCGGCGGGCCGGCGAUGCCGGGAGCCGACACCGCCUGCUGAGGACACACCCGCUCCGGGGGCGGCCGGCCAUGGCGGAUUGGUGCAGCGUCCUCCCCGAGUUCCUGUGGCCCUUGGGGGAGCAGAUCCUGGACGUGGCCCCGGGCAACCAGCUCACGCUCAACUGCACCGUCCGGCUGCCGGCCGACAGGCCGCUCUGCCCGGGGGACGCCUUCAGCUGGACCAAAGACGGCCGGCAGCUGGACCGCCUCGGCGACGUCAGCGAGGGGCCGGGCCCGGCCAACGCUACGGACAUCCGCACCAGCUUCCUGAGGGUCAACCUGACCGGCCCGCAGGACUACGGCCUGUUCUCCUGCCUCGUGAGGAACGCCACCGCCUCGUUCACGCUGCGGCCCGCGGAGGCGUCGGGCCGGUGGUGGUGGUCGGCGUGGGGGCCGCCGGCGGCGCUGCUGGGGUUGGCUCUGCUGCUGCUGGCGGGGGCCCUGCUGCUCGCCCGGAACUGCCGCCUCAACGCCCGCCUCUGGUACCGCAACAACUACGGGGACUUCGAGAUCAACGACGGGAAACUCUACGACGCCUACGUCUCCUACAUCAACUCGGCCGAUGACCGGAAGUUUGUGAAUUUCAUCGUCAAGCCCCACUUGGAGAAUCGGCACGGCUACAAGCUGUUCCUGGAUGACAAAGACAUCCUCCCUCACUCAGAACCCUCGGCCGACCUGAUCAUGAACGUCAGCCGCUGCCGGCGUCUCAUCGUCGUUCUCUCCAACGCCUACCUGGAGCAGGACUGGUGCAACACCAAUUUCAAGGAAGGGCUGUGGAGGCUGCUGGAACUGUCCCGAAAACCCAUCUUCAUCGCGUUCGAGAGCCAGUACCGAGAGCUGUCUCACCCGGCCAUCCGCCUGCUGCGGCAACACAAGCACACCGUCACCCUGCUGCUCUGGAGGGCCGGAUCCAUGACGCCGUCCUCGGACUUCUGGAAGGAGCUGUGCCUGGCCCUGCCCCGGCGGCUGCCCUACCGGACCCUCGUGGGGGACCCCCAGACCCAGCUCCAGGAGGACAAGGACCCCAUGCUCACCCUGCACAGCGGCAGCUACCUGGAGGCUCGGGCUGACCCCGACCCCGACGGAGACCUGGGUACCCGCGGGCCCAUCUUCAAAGACCCCCGCCCCCUGUACCUGAGCGCCGAGGCCCGGACCCCGGCCGAGACCCCGUCGGGGGAGCCCCCGCCGAGGGCCGACAUCGACGUGUCCGACCUGGGCUCCCGCAACUACGGGGCGCGGACGGACUUCUACUGCCUGGUCACCGAAGACGACGUGUAGGGGCCCGGCCCGGGCUGGGCAGGCCGGAGGGGGCGGCCGCGGCGGGCCCCCCACUCCCCGAGGGGCACGCACAUCUCCAACCUUAGAGGGGCCGGGGGCAGGCAGGCCCGGGAGGGUCCUCGUCCGCUGCCCCCGUGGAGCAGUGCGGACUCCGGCCCCCGGGCCCCUCGAUUUGGGGAGCCCGGCCCGCAGCCAGGAAGCAAACCCGCCCCCGGGGAACACGGCCCCCUCCGCCGUGAGGGUCGGUGUGAUGCCAAACAUCGGGGACCGCGACCCCCGGGUGCCCCCUCGCCCCCCCUUGGCCGGGCUCAGACCCCCAAAGACCACCCCCAGGCUUCCUCUCUUCCCGCCUCCAGCCGCUCCCCGUGCGGCUGUGUCAAAGAUGCCGGGUCGCUCUGUCCCCCACCCCUCCAACUCGGGUCCCUCCGGGAUGGGGUUAAGGUGAUGAUUGUGGGGAGACCCCCCCCCCCCCAGCAUUCCCAGGGAGCACCCUGAUUGGUUCCUUCCUCCAGAAAUGAAAAUAAAGGCAAUAAUUCCA